ACAUAUUACAUAGGUAAAUCAGAAUUUGCUUAAGAUAAGCCAAAUAAGGCGAUGAUCAAGUCACAAACAAUUUCACUGACCACUGACCUCUAACCUCUAACCUCUUUGUCACUCUCUUGUUCUCUCCCUGAAAUCUACUUCUUUCUUCGCAGACUUGUGGAAAUAAAUCAUGAAGGAGGCUAUGCAAAACGACUGCGAAAAACACGUGGAGGGCGAAGACAAGGAUGAGACUUGUGAUGCAACUGCUCACAAGUUUAAGUUUAGGUGGAGUGAACAUCAGUCGUGUUACUCAAAACUGAUGGUGCACAAACUGAAAAUAGGAGCCUUGACAAGUGCCUCACUGGUUUGUGUUCUUAUGUUUGUUGGAGCCUUCUUGACUACUAGGUGGCUAGAUGUUUCCAUUUUUACAGGUAAUUCAUUCUUCGGAUACAAGAGUCAGAAACUAGGCUCGAGAUCAGUUGCAUAUGAACUUCAGUGCUCUGAUGGCAACACUACACAGAUAUGUCCACUUAAUAAUCCAGAAAUAUUCGACACUGAUAAUUUAUCAGCACCACAAUGUCCAGAGUAUUUCAGGUGGAUUUACGAAGAUUUAAGGCCAUGGAAGAGGACUGGACUAACAAGAGAAAUCGUCGAAAGUGGAAUUGACAAAGCCAAUUUCAGAAUUCUUGUAGUUGAUGGGAAAUUAUACAUGGACAAAUACUCGGAUGUUUUUCAAACAAGAGAUGUGUUCACAGUAUGGGGAAUUCUACAGCUUCUUAAGCUUUAUCCAGGUAAAGUUCCAGACUUGGAUUUCUUAUUUCAUUGUGGUGACUUACCAGUGAUCCCGAGGAGCGAUUAUAUGGGAGCAAAUGCAUCUGUUCCACCACCAGUGUUUCAUUAUUGCCGCGAUGAUUCAACCUUGGAUUUGGUUUUUCCUGAUUGGUCCUUCUGGGGGUGGCCUGAAAUUAAUAUAAGACCAUGGGUGUCUCUAAAAAAUGAGCUGAAAAAGGGCAACAAGAAAAUAAAAUGGAGGAAAAGAAAACCUUAUGCACAUUGGCAAGGGAAUUCCUGGGUGAGUGAUAACAGAGGUGACCUGAUGAAGUGCAAUGUUACUGAUAAAAAUGACUGGAAUGCUCGACUAUAUCAAGUUAAUUGGGAAGAUGAAAUAAAGACAGGGUUCAAACACACAAAUUUAGCAGACCAAUGCACCCAUAGAUACAAGAUAUAUAUUGAAGGAAGAGCAUGGUCUGUUAGUGAAAAAUACAUUCUUGCUUGUGAUUCCAUGACUCUUCUAGUAAAGCCACAGUUCUAUGAUUUCUUUACUAGAAGUUUACAGCCAUUGGUACAUUACUGGCCUAUAAAUAACAAUAACAAGUGCCAAUCAAUACAAUUUGCGGUGGACUGGGGAAAUUCAUAUCAGAACGAGGCUCAAAGAAUUGGAAGAGCGGGGAGCAACUUUAUUAAAGAAGGAUUAAAGAUGGAAAAUGUGUAUGAUUACAUGUAUCAUACACUGAACGAAUACGCAAAGCUGAUGAAGUACAAACCAACAGUUCCACCAAAAGCUAUUGAAUUGUGCUCAGAGACAAUGGCCUGCAGCGAACACGAAGAACCGAAUAAAAGGUUCAAGGUGGAGUCAAUGGUGAAGAACCCUUCUGAAUCAAGUCCAUGUAUCUUGGCUCCUCCUUAUAGUCGAAAUGAAAUUGAUGCAAUGAAAGAAAAGCAAGAAAGUAUAAGAAAACAAGUGGAGGAAUGGGAAGGGAGUGAAGAUGUGAGAAAAGUGAAUUAUUAGCGCAAAAGAUUGUGCAGAUUGUGUUCCAAAUUCUUUGUGUUUGUGCUCUCCACGUAAUUUCUUUGUUCAUAUAGGAAACAGAAAUACGUAAAGGGACAUUGAUUCUUCUGGUUUGAUCCGUUUUGAGAGGAAAAAGUAUGGCCAUGGAGUGCAAUUUUAACUUAA